GUUCAUUACUUGAAGAAUCAAUGUCUCCGGCAGCAGAAGUCGAGUCGGAAUUUUGCAGCGUUUGCUUAGGUAUAUUGCAGUUCAAGUGGCGCGAUGAUAAGGAAACAUUAGUGAAAAAGGAAAGCCCCAAUGAUAUGACUGAAUUGAUUGCUGAGACAGUAAAGCAAGAAGGCCAUCAGAUCGAUAGCUUUUCUCUUGAAGUAUCUGUACCACAAGCAAUCCUGGAGAACGAAUUGGCGAUUUUGUCAGAUAUGAAAAGCAAAUAUGGAUCUGAACUCUGGUUUCAGGAAAAGUCACGUUCAGAACCUAUUUCUGUUAAGGAUGCCCUAAAAUUUUCGAUAGUCAAACCACUGGAAUCAUUAUUGGGCAUUAAAUCUAGUAUAGAUUCUUUCCGAAUCCGUUUGACAUACACAUCCACAAAGGCAUCAAAAAUGGUUCAGAAUUCUAGAGGUAGGAUCAAGGAUUGCAAAAGGCAGAAAACAGACACGAACAAUGGGUUGCACUCUAUUAAUGAUGAGUCAAUAGUUGCUGGUGCUGAAUGUUCAGAUCAAUCCAAUAUUGAGACAAAUGCUGCUGCUGUGAGGCCCUCUAACGGUUUGCAAGCUUGUGACGCUUUUGAGUGCCUUGGAUUCUCCAUAGAGAAGGUCAAUGAACCUUGCCACUUGGAAUUACAAUGCUACAGGACACCUAUUUACCUUGGUGGUAGAUACCUGAAGUUCUCAAGAAGUGUGAGUCAAACAUGCUGGAUAAUUGGUGAAGAAAGGAUGGGAGAAGCAUCUGUUGAGGAGAUAAUAGGUAGCAACAUCCUUCCUAUGUGUAAAGGUGAUAAUUACAAGUUUCAUGCUGCUGGCAGAGAAGAUAUUGAUGUUCGAAUGUUGGGUUCAGGGCGGCCUUUCCUAGUUGAGAUACAAAAUGCACGCCAAAUCCCAUCAGAGGCAAUUGUAAAAGAAAUUGAAACAAGGAUAAAUGGCUUGGAAAAUAAAUUAGUUGGAGUUAAAAAUCUUAAAGUAGUGGGCAGUGAGGGUUGGACACUGAUGCGUGAAGGAGAAUCAGAGAAGCAGAAGCAAUAUGCUGCAGUAGUGUGGAUUUCUCGUCCCCUUGAUGAUGAAGAUUUGAAAACUAUAUCUUCACUCAAGGACAUGCAAAUUAUGCAAAAGACUCCAAUAAGAGUGCUCCAUCGUCGAAGUCCGUUGGAGCGGGAAAAACUUAUACAUUGGAUGAAAAUUGAGAGGAUUGCCGGAAGCUCUCAAUAUUUUCUACUGUAUCUCUGCACUCAGGCCGGAACAUAUAUCAAGGAAUUUGUUCAUGGGGAUCUCGGGCGGACUCACCCAAGCGUUGGAUCAAUCCUUGGAUGCAGAGCAGAGAUAAUGCAACUUGAUGUUACAGACGUCAAAAUGGACUGUUUUCUAACUGGGUGAGGCAAUACGCAUUCCAAUAUAGUUUUUCAUGUAUUUGAACCAUAUUUUUGUCCUUUUAUCUUGAUUAAAUACUUAUUUACUGC